AUGCGGCCCGCGGACGCGUUCCACAACGUGGCGCCGGCCGCACGCCUGGCGCCCACGUUGAGCGAGCAGGCCGCCGCCAGCGUGCGGGCCCGCGCCGUGGCGCCGCCGUUGCCCUUCGACACGUUCACGUUUGCCGGCGACGUGGUCGCGGAGCUCACCUACGCCAUGAACUUGUUGAUGGCGCACAUCUUCGCGCUCUACUCCAUCGGCGAGUUCCGGCUCUUUGCGCGGCUCUCGGCCGUGUACCGCGGGCUCGACGAGCUCCGCGUGCGCUUGACGCUGACCGCGUUGACGGGCCACGAGACGCGGGCCGGGCGCGAGGCCGCCAUGCACCUCCUCGGCGAGAUCCCCAAGAAGUUGGCGGCCAAGGCCGCGCGCGUCAACGAGCGCUCGUACGACUUGGACCACCACAACACGGACAUCUCCGCGUACAAGGCCGUGUUGGCGCGCGACUUCCGCGACGGCCGCUUGGUGGCGCGGCACGGCCUGCCCGCGCAGAUGGCCGUGAGCCAGCAGAUGUGCGCGUUGUUCCCGAAGUUCCCCGUCAACGCGCACCGCCAGCCGCGGCAGUUCGAGGUGGGCGCGGCGCCCAGCGCCCGGCUCGUGCACGAGCCGCCGGCGCACGUGCUCGUGGACUUCAGGGCCAUCAGCGGCUCGUCCAGCCUGCAGCCCGAGGGCUUCGCGGGCAUGGUCGCGUACUUGUACGUGCGCAACGCCAAGAAGCGCUUGACCGAGGCCUUUGCCGUGCACACCGAGUCCGUGGACGACCUCGUGUACGUGGAGAAGAUCCUGGCCGCGUUGUUCCGCAACAUCCCGGCCGCGGAGGUCGAGAACAACCGCGUGUACCUCGUGGCCGUGUUGACCGAGGAGAUCGCCAUGCCCUUGCAGGACACGUUCCUCCCGCAGGUGCGCCGCGUCAAGCAGGGCGUGGCGGCCGGCGUGGCCGACAUCACGCGCAUCUUCUCGCGCAACGCGGGCGCGUUGGCCUCGGGCCAGGCGCACCAGUUCGUGAUCCGCUUGUUCGGCUCCGUGGCCGCGCCGGCCAACAACGGCUGGGGCGAGCUCGUCGACCGCAUCAUCCGCGGCUCCGACGCCGGCAUCGCCGUCAACCCGCGCGCAGAGAAGUUGGUCGUGGCCUUGAAGGAGUGCAAGCACCAGCUCGUGGACCUGGCCGCCGAGGACGGGCAGCCGGCGGGCGCGCCCAUCGCCAGGAUCAAGCCCAUCUUCUACGACCCGCUCGCAGACAACUACGAGCGGCUCUACUUGAAGAUGGGCCGCCUCACGGCGCUCGACGCGCGCUUCCGCGACGCGCUCUUGACCGUCGAGAUCGACGCGCCCUCGGACCCGCGCGUCCGCUUCGCCAAGGCCUCCAACCAGCUCGAGAAGCCGGCCUGGCAGUUCGUGUCCGUGCGCUCGGGCGAGGCCGUGGGCGAGAUCGUCAAGGUCAACGGCAUCGCCUGCGCCGCGCGCCCGGCCCGGCCCGUCUCGGCCCACGACUCCAUCGGCUUGUCGCUCUACGCCAACGGCGUGUUGGUGGGCAAGGCCGAGACCUGCUACCGCAGCGGCCCGCGCAUCGUGGAGCUCAACAAGCACCCGUGGACCACCCUCGACUUCCGCAGCCCCGGCCUGUCCGCCGCCUUGGCACAGGUGCAGAUCCACACCGAGUACAUCGGCAAGACCUUCAACAUGGCCCCGUGCAUCGCUGACAUGUUGCAGCACCUGGCCUUGUUGCGCGACGGCGCCGCGGGCCCCGACACGCUCCACCAGGCCUUGGUGGACAUGUGCAAGUUGCAGCUCUACGACGCGGUGCGCUUCUUCGCCGAGUUGCUCGACGCCGUGUUGGACACCGCCGACGCGUGCUUGGCCGCCCGCAGCCUGCUUGCGUCCGCAGAGCUCCUCUUAGACGCGGCCUUCAAGGCUUUGGUGUUCUUGUUGGACACCCUCUUCGGCAAGCAGGACCAGUACUUGUACAUGUUCGACACCUUCGUGGACCUGCACCGCGUUCCCGCGCCGCUCGCCCAGUUCAUCUUGGACAAGAUCGCCGCCGUGUUCCGCCAGGCCCAGUCCAGCUGGACGUCCGUGUCGCGCGCCGUGUGCCGCAACUUGCCGUUGCUCAUGCGCAUCGCCAUGCUAUCCUUGGCCGCCGGCCCCGCGGACGCGGCGCCGUUGGACGCGCUUUUCGAAGCCGCCGCGUUUUUUGUGGGCGUGCCGGUUUCGGCGCUCGUCAACGACCAGGUGCUCGCCAUCGAACUCCCGGACUACGUGCUCGCGUUCGAGGCCACCUUUGACCGCGCCGCGUUGUUGCGCCUGGUGCUCCGCUUCGUCGACUCCAUCGGCAACCGCGGCUUGGGCUGCGAGGGCCCAGCCGCCCGCGACCACAAGGUCGUCGUGGCCAAGCUUCUCUUGGUACAGCGCUUGUUCGCCUCCAAGGCUGCGCAGGACCCGGCCAACAUCCACGCGCUCGUGUCCAAGUGCGUGCCGUGGUGCAUGGACGUGUUCUUGGGCGACUUGGACAUCGACGCCACGCGCUUGGCGGCCUCCGUGAUGAACUGCGUGUGCGACUUGGUGUGGCAGCACAUCGAGGCGCCAGGCGUCAACCGUAUUUGCUUCUCGCUCGCCAAACACAUGAGUGCCCUUGCCCGCACGUUCGUGCGCUACAACAAGCACACGCGCAGUGGCGAAUACUUCCGGCCCAAGAAAACCUUCACGCGACUCUUCCCGAACGACUAUCCGUUCCGUGAGAUCGUCACGGACCCGCUUGUGGGCGAGGAGGUCUUGGUGGAGGUGCUCGUGGAAAUUGCCACCGUCUUCACGUACGUGGCCCGCGUCGGCAUGCGGGCAGCGGGUGCCGAGGGGCUCUUGAGAAUCCACCGCGAGGUCAUUCCGGACGACUUCUUCGACGCCGCCAAAUGCUUGUCCAGCAACGGGCUUGGCGAGGACAUCACCACCGUGUUAUCGGGCGUGCAGCUUAUGCGCCUCGGCAAGUACUUUCCCGAGGACAAGUGGCUCUCGUUGUACGCGCUGAUCGCCGAAGGCUGCUUGCAGGCCUGCGAGCUUGUGCAGCCGUUGUUGCUCGCGCACUUUGUCCCGGAGCCCGAGGCCGCCGAGCUGUUCGACCGGUCCUUGUGGGGCGGCUUUUUCCGCACGCUCUUCAAGUUGGGAACUUUGGCGCCUGUGGCCGUGGAGCACUUGUCCACGAUCCCGCGAAAGGCGUGCCACCAGAUCACCGGCUCCAUGCGCGAGCGCAUAGCCGCGCUUGUCAACGAGGCCUGGGAUGCGUUGGCGUGGGACGCCACAGAGCCUGAUUUGGACCGCUUCAAUCUCACCAAGUUUGGCGGCUUUCAGGUUGAAUUCAUCGGCAGCGACUACGGCAUCUUGCAGGAUGUGAUGCUCUUGGCCUUGCAGCGCAGCAGUGCGUGCCAGACCGUAGCCGUCAAGAUCGUCUGGAGCAUCCUCGUGGCCGAGUACAUCCUCAGCGGCUCCGUUGUGGAUGUGGAGAAAGAGUGCCUUUUGGGCUUGCACGAGAUAUACACCCGCACCGCGUAUAAGCCCAAAGCCUCAGAGCAGCAGAUGUUCAUCGAGCGACUUCGCGCGACCAUCCGCUUGGCCGCAGACGACGAGGCCGCGGAAUUGACGGUGCGCUUCAUCCAGAAUCUCGCGGGGUUCUUGGAAGUCUUGAACGACUUGAACAGCGUGCCCGUGGGGCCCGAGUUCGACGACGACCGCACGUUCUUCAAGUUGAACAUUAACGCGUACUUGAAAAACGCCAAUAAGCCCGAGUUGUUCCACUCAUUCAUCAACCUGAUGUAUGAAGAAAACGUGCGCAAGGGCGACUUUAUCCAGGCCGCGUUAAGCUUGGAGCUCUUGGCCUCCACUUACACGUGGGACCACCAUGAGAUCUGCGCGCCGCUGUACCGGCCCAAGUUCCCUGAACAGACGGCGUUCGAGCGUAAGGAAGCCUUGGUCAAGAUGAUCGCACAGAACUUCAUCAAGGGAAAUAGCUUGGAGCGUGCCACAGACACAUACAACGAGUUGCUCGAGGCCUACAGCGAGCACACUUACGACCUCAAAUCGUUCGCCUAUGUGCACCAGAAACUUGCCAAGCUCUACUUAGAUUUGGAGUCCUCCGACAAGUUAAGUCCUUCGUUCUUCCGGGUGGCCUACAUCGGCGCGGGCUUCCCGGCUAACAUUCGCGGCAAGGAGCAGAUCUACGAAGGUCUCCCCUUCGAGCACAUCACGUCCAUUCACGAGCGCAUGUUGAACUUAUACCCGGGUGCCCGUAUCAUCACCGACGAUCAGCACGCAGCCGAACUCCAGAAAUUGACCCCCACCGGUCGCUUUUUGCACGUCAACGUGGUGGAGCCUGUCAGUGAAAUCUCCGACAAGAUCCUCAACACGUCCAUCGGUGUGCGCCAGUAUGCGCGCAACAAGAACUUACGGUUUUUCCUGACCACCAAAAAGCUUCCGGGGCUGACAUCCGUGUUUGACUUGUGGACAGAAGAGGUCACCUAUGAGACUCAUGUAUCGUUUCCCACUUUGAUGAACCGCAGUGAGAUCAAGGCUACCUCCGUCGUGCGCCUCUCUCCGUUGGAGAACGCCAUCCGCCUCAUCCUCAACAAAACCAACGAGAUGGUGCAGACCGAGAGCAUGCUCAAUCAGGCCGUGCGCGAGCGCGCCGACUACGCCACGUUGCUCCACGAUUUGAGUAGACAGUUGGCCGGCACCGUGGAUUCGCCGGUCAAUGGUGGCGUGGGCCAGUUCCGCCCAUACUUUGCGGGCCUGCAGUUUGACGGCAAUCCGGACCACGCGUACAACGUGCGCUUGUUGCGCAACGCAUUCCACGACUUGACCGCGGUCUUGAGCCGCUGUUUGCACUUGCACGGCAAGUUGGUGGCGUCCAACUUGCGGCCAUCGCACGACGCCUUGGUGACGUUGUUCCGCCAGAACUUCGCAGCCGAAAUUGACAUCUUGAAGCUCAAUACCAACUACGAUAGCUUGCUGUAUAACCACCAGGUGACGGCGGCUCAGGCGGCACGCGGCGCGUCCAGCGGCGUUUCAAUUUCAGGGACCCUAAUCAGCGAGCAGGCCCUGGCAAUUUCCAGCCCGCUGCUCCAGAGAUCCAACACCCAGCUUUCAAAGGUGUCCUCGGGCUCUGGGUCGGGGUCCACAAGAAUUUCUGAUCAGGGCACGGUAACUAGCGGGCUUAGCAAGUAUAGGAGAACUGCUUUGAACUGGCGCAGGUCCUAG